UUUUUCUCCUCAAAAAAUGUCAAUGGCCUCCCUAAUCUUCCGCUUCCUUGUGUUGUCACUAUAUGGUGCCCUUCUUUCUGUUGCCUUCGAAUUGAUCUCGUGUCCGAUCUGUGCGAGGUCGUCAUGCUUCCACUGAAUUUCACCGUUGAUGGCGAUGAUGAGGUAUAUACGCACGCCUAA